AUGCCUGUAAGCCCAGCAGAGAAAAAGAGAAAGCACAGUUACCAAGAGAACAAUCGGACUGUGGUCUCAGAGAUUUUCCUUUUAGGAUUUCAGAUGAACCAAUGUUUAAGAAUUUUCCUGUUCAGCCUUUUCCUUGUGGUUUACUAUGUGACAAUAUGUGGGAACCUCCUUAUCAUCACCCUGGUGUCCAUCAGCAAGAACCUUCACACUCCAAUGUACUUCUUCAUAUCACAACUGUCCAUCAGUGACAUUUUAUUGACCACAAUUAUUGUCCCCAACCUGCUCCAUAUCCUGCUGAAUAAUGGGGGGACCAUCACUUUUAUUAAUUGCAUUAGUCAGUUUUACUUUUUCUGUACUUCAGAAGUAUUUGAGUGUUUUCUUCUCACAGUAAUGUCUUAUGACAGAUACUUGGCCAUCUGUAAACCACUUCAUUAUAACUCUAUCAUGACCAAUGCAUGGUGCAUGAAAUUGGGCAUCACCUGUUGGUUGUUGGGUUUUUCUGCAACUUUUAUUGACACACAAAUGACAUUAAAGUUACAAUUUUGUGGUCCAAAUAUUAUUGAUCAUUUUUUCUGUGACCUUGUCCCCUUGCUAGAAAUUGCCUGUUCUGAUACCUACAUCGUCCAUCUUGGAGUCUCCUUGCUAGGCAUACCAGCAGUCAUCCUACCAACCAUAAUAAUCAUUAUGUCUUAUGUUAAAAUUAUUUCUGUUAUUUUAAGGAUUUCAUCCAGUACUGGUAGACAGAAAGCCUUCUCCACCUGUAGCUCCCACCUCACUGUGGUCUCCAUAUUCUACUGCACUUUGUUUAGUGUUUAUGUUGUCCCAACAAAAGGACAGUCAUCAACCAUCAGUAAAAUCCUGUCCCUGCUAUAUACUGUAUUUACCCCGUUGAUCAACCCCAUUAUAUAUAGUCUGAGGAAUAUAGAGAUUAUGAAAGCGCUGCAAGAAAUAUUUCAUAAAUAUGUAUUUCGUGGCAAUUGUCCAUGA